AGUAUUUUUAGGAUAUGUAAUAUGGAUUACAUUUUUCUAUCAAAAUUUGUCUAACUAAUCUUCAAUAGUUUUUUACGAAAAUGAGAAAUUGUAUUAUAUAUUUCCGCAAAUUAAAAUUUAUAUCCAAUUAUGUAUAUCUACUGUGCGUAAUAGCGUGCGCAUGUUUAUAGAUAAUUUCGAAUGACAAGACAGUAAAGUGACGUUCGCACGCGACUUCAGAUUUAGAUGGCAGCACGGCACUGGUUUCUUGACGUCCACUAAAAAUCGCGAAAAUCCAGCGGUCGAAGUACGAUCGACUGAUCGACGAGUGCUGAUCAUUCAGGCGAAAAUAUCGGGAGAAAUCAAGCGUGUCAUUCGAGCGACGUCACUGGCCGCGUCAGUAACAAUGCCUCUCUGUCGUUCCUCCGUCGCAGGAUCACCGACGAUCGGUCGGUCGGGCCGUGUCUGCCACGCAGCGAGAAGUCGACGGUACGUCCGCGCUGAACUUGACGACCUUUGAUCAGGACAGCACCGCAGGACCCGCGGGGCGAGAGUGCCGUCGCGCUCCCCUUCUCGCGCGGGUUUUUCUUCCUUUUCGCGCGCACGGGGUGUCCGAUAACGUCGCGUCACCGCCGACGGAAAAUUACGAGACGGUAGGUCGGUGACCAUCGUCAUCUGUGACUGGCAGUGACGCCCGUAUGCACGGCGACCGCAGGACACGCAGCAUCCACGCCCGAGCUCGUUCCACGCGCGUUCAACGCCGACUCGAGCCGAGAUGUACGAGCAGGAUGUCGGCGAUCAGUACCCGACCUGGCGAUGCAUCCGUGUGCCGUAGGUCGGGCUCGUGUACAUCUUCAAUCUCAUCGUCGGCACGGGCGCCCUGACCCUACCCGCGGUGUUCAGCCGUGCAGGAUGGGCGCUCGGAUUGAGCGUCAUCCUAGUGCUGGCCUUUAUCAGCUUCAUCACAGUCACGUUUGUCAUAGAGGCAAUGGCAAGUGCCAACGCUAUAGUCACCUGGAGGCAUAUCCAGCAUCGGAAGCGCGUCUUGCAGACGAUGGGCGAGUCUGGUCCAUCCAAUUCAGAUUCGGAAGAUACUCCGCUGGUAGCACCACUCAUAGCCAGUCCAGAGCGCUCAGAUAUGACCUACAGAUAUUACGUCAUUCGCGAUAAGAUAGAGAUGGGUCAGAUGGCUUCUAUCUUCUUCAAUAGAUUUGGCACCACUCUAUUCUAUCUGUGUUUUGCUGUGUAUCUUUACGGGGAUUUAAGCAUCUACGGCGCAGCAGUGGCAAAGUCGUUGGCGGACGUCGCUUGUACCUACGUGCCGAAAAAUUUCACGUGCAAUGAUACCAUACUGGAUACUGAAUUCUGCUGGGAUGGCCCCACGUUGAAUCGGUUGGACGCAUACAGGAUAUUUCUGACACUGUUCGUGCUAUCAUUAGGACCGUUCGUGUUCUUUAACGUGCAAAAGACCAAGUACCUUCAGCUUUUGACCUCGGGGAUGCGGUGGCUCGCGUUCACCAUAAUGAUCGUGUAUGCCCUGAAGAAUCUCUUCCUGUACGGCCCGCGGGGCGAUCCGCCUACCGCGAGUUUAGCUGGAAUUCCUGGUCUUUUCGGCGCCUGCGUCUAUUCCUUCAUGUGUCAUCACUCGUUACCGGCUCUGGUGUCACCAAUAGCGAACAAAUCCAUGCUGAACCGAUUCCUGGCUCUCGAUUACAUGCUCAUUGCUUUCUUCUAUCUACUGUUGGCUCUGACGGGCGCCUUCGCCUUCGAGCACUUGGACGAUCUUUACACCCUGGACUUUGGGCCACGUGGCUCAGGCGAUUGUUCCAAGAGUAACAAUAUCUUUAUGCUUCUUCUGGAAUACUUCUUAGCGCUCUUCCCGGUGUUCACUCUAAGUACUAGUUUCCCCAUCAUCGCGAUCACACUGCGAAACAACUUGGAGUCGCUCUUUCUAAACGAGGACGCGUCGUAUAAUUUGUGUCUCUGGAAACUCGUCUUCCCGUUUUUGGCGGUGAUACCGCCGUAUCUUAUCGCGAUGAGCACCAAAGAUCUAUCGAUACUGGUCGGCAUCACGGGCUCGUACGCCGGUGCGGGUAUUCAGUAUUUGAUACCCACGUUUCUGGUCUACUACGCCAGGCAAAAAACGAACAAAGUUAUUGGCCUCGGCGUCGUCAACAAAUUCGCAAGCCCCUUCUCGGGCAGGUGUUGGUUGAUCUUCGUCGUGGUCUGGGCGAUAGCUUGUAUGAUCCUGGUAUCGGUCAAUUUCGUACAAAUUCACCUCAACUCUUUCUGGAUCGAUCAAUAACAAAGUGAGACUUCCUUGCACCGUACAGAAUAAAAAAAAAAGAGAAGAAGCUCCGGUUCUGCUUUGUCGCAAGCUCCGGUUUUAAGAGGAAUACAGAUAAAUAACUAUGAAAGUUGAUUGCAUAUCUCUAUUGAUACAUUGUAUAAAAUAGAAAUAUAAAUGUUGCAGAAUUAGAUUGAGAGAUGAUAGCUGUGCAUUGAACAGAUGAAGCGACUGAAUUGAAUUAAAGUGAAACGAAAGCGAUUAAAGUGAUAAAGAAGAGUCGAGCUGAUGAAAACGCGGCUGAUUGAUGAUCCGUGAGGGCUGCGUAAGGCUCUUUUAGGAUACUAGUUUAAGAUGAUCGUCAUUUGUGGCACUGUCCACAUGUAUCUAUGGCGAACCGACAAUACUUCGGCACAAGUCGGCGUGUACAACUCAAAUAGCGGAUAAGAUUAAUGUAGAGAUUAACACAGUGUCUGUAGAAAAGUGUUGUUCGUCUUUCUAUGUGUAUCUCACUUUUGCAGGAUCGUUCCGUGACGCAGAGAGCGCAUUCGUUACGCGAUUCCGUUGUUCCAAGAAAAUUCGAACACAAUUCUCUCGUCCUAGUAUUCGUAUUUUUUUAUACAGUCUAAAAAGUCGUUCUUCAUAUUUGAUAUAAUAAAGUGACGUUAGCGGAAGUGAUGGUAGUAGCAAUAGUAAAAUUUACGUUACAUUCUUUGCGAGAUAUCGUAUUUUUCUAAAAGAUAUAUAUGUAAAACUGCCAAAAAAAUAUUCGCAGCAUGUCCGUCAUACUUGUGUACCUGUGCGAGUGUAGCGUAUAAUGAAGAAUGUUGCGGAGGAGAUAUAUACCUAUAUAUAUAUUAUACACACACAUAUACAUCUAUUUUCCAAAGAUGAUUGAAAUGGAUGAAUAAUAAAUAGUUGAUUAUAC